AUGAAAUCUCAAGUGAUCAAAGGCAGAAAGGGACCGCCUAAAUACGGUAGAAAUUCGGUUCAAUUUGUAGCGUGUAUCAAUGAUAUCGUCCAGACAUUAAUUGAUAUGUACGAGAAAGGAGAGGAGAUCGAUGUCAACCGGCUUAAAACCAAAAUGGCACAAAAGCAUGAUCUCCAUACAUCCCCUAAACAAGUCGACAUCAUAGCGGCUAUCCCCGACUCACACCGUCCUUUCUUAUUACCCAUUAUCAAAUCCAAACCCGUUCGUACUGCUUCUGGAAUAGUCGCAAUUGCCGUGAUGUGUAAACCACAUCGAUGCCCUAACAUCCGUACAGGCGGCGACUCUUGUGUGUAUUGUCCUGGUGGUUGUGACUCGGACUUUGAAUACUCGACACAGUCGUACACGGGAUAUGAACCAACUUCCAUGAGAGCAGUUCGCGCGAGGUAUAACCCAUAUAUCCAAUCUCGGACUCGUGUCGAGCAGCUCCAGAAAUUGGGACACAAUGUCGAGAAAGUCGAAUAUAUUAUUAUGGGUGGGACAUUUCUUUCAAUGGAUAAACCUUAUCGAGACUCAUUCAUCCUUGGCCUCUUCGACGCACUGUCGGGCCACGUGUCGUCAACAGUCGAAGAAGCAGUGAACUAUGGCGAGAAUUCCAAAAUUAAGUGUGUUGCUAUGACUAUAGAAACUCGGCCAGAUUGUUGUUCAGAGGACCACAUCAGAGAGAUGUUCCGUUAUGGAACAACACGUUUAGAGAUUGGUUUGCAAUCGAUAUUCGAAGAUGUGUGUAAGAACUGUAACCGAGGUCACUCUGUCAAGGAUUGCACUGACACCUACGUGAGACUCAAAGACGCUGGGUACAAAAUAGUUACACAUAUGAUGCCAAAUCUACCAGAAGUACCACCAGAGAGAGACGUGUUCACGUAUUCCGAAAUGUUCUCGGACGGGCAAUUUCAAGUCGAUGGGCUGAAGUUGUACCCAACCCUCGUUAUUCGAGGAACAAGACUCUAUGAAAUGUGGAGAAAAGGACUCUACCAUUCAUACACGUCUGAGGAAACUAUUGAUGUUUUGUCAAGAAUUCUGGCUUUGGUGCCGCCUUGGGUGAGAAUCCACAGAAUUCAGAGGGAUAUUCCAAUCCCUUUGGUCUCUGCAGGUGCGGACAAAGGCAACCUGAGGGAGUAUGUCCAGAAAAAGAUGGACGAGAACAAUUGGCCUUGUCGCGAUACACGAACGCGAGAAGUUGGGAUUGCAGCACUUCAGGGAAAACCUGGGAAGAAAGUGAAAGGCGCACGCGAGAUCGAGUUGAUCCGAAGAGAUUUUGUGGGGUCUGAAGGGUGGGAGACAUUUUUGUCAUAUGAAGACCCUGAAGAGGAUUUACUUAUUGGUCUUUUGAGACUCAGAAAACCGACUGAACACAAGUUUAUGAAGGAACUGGAAGGCGAGACAUCAAUUAUAAGAGAACUUCAUGUCUACGGAACCGCAAUUCCUGUCAACACGAAGAACCUGAACCAAUACCAACACAUGGGGUACGGCGCAUUACUUUUACAAGAAGCAGAACGAAUCGCCAGAGAGGAACACGGCAGCAAUAAGAUCGUCAUCAUAUCAGGAGUUGGAGUCAGGCAUUACUACAGGAAGUUUGGGUAUAUUCUUGAUGGUCCUUACAUGGCAAAGUUAUUGGUCGAGGGGCAAAAACUUGACAAAGACACAAGGCAUUUUAACGAUUACAAAAAUUGA